AUGUAUUUUGAAAAAAUUAGCAUAUUCUUCGUUUUGGUGGUUUUAAUAACAAACGAAACAUCAGCUGGAGAUGAUGAUUAUAACGUUUUACAUACAGAUGGCGCCUAUGAAUUUGGUUACAAUAAUCCUGAUUCAUACCAUUAUGCACAAGCUAACAGAAAUAACGUAGUAAAGGGGGAGUUUGGAGGAAGAAACCCCAAAACCGGUGCAAUAGAUAGUACCAUUUAUACAGCUGGCCCAAGAGGUUUCAGACCCAGAGGUAAAAAUGUCGUCCGAAAGUAUGAUUUAAGUCAAGCUGGACCAAGACCAGUAGGUUCCCGUUACGAUCCUUAUUUUGAUCCCUACGAAGAUCCAAGUUAUAGUUUCUCCUUUAGAACCAGAACUUAUAACAGAGAUGAAAAUGCGAAUAGAGUGGGAGAUGUAACCGGCAGGUAUUCCUAUACAGAUGACGUAGGAGAGAGACACAAUGUAGAAUAUAUUGCUGGUAAAAACACAGGGUUCCACGUUAAGACUCCGUUCCCAGACUCAAAUCCAAAAGCUUAUGGUCCGCUAUAUUUCAGAGGAAGGGGAAGACCGAUACCAAGAGGAAGAACGUCAAUUCAAAGAGGACUUGAUGGAAGCUACAAAUUUGUAUCAGCCGGUCCUGAUCAAAGACGGACUGAAACCAGCGAUGCUACAGGUCACGUACGUGGGUCCUAUACAUAUCUUGAUGACAAAGGGGUCCAACAUUCAGUCCAUUAUAUAGCAGGACCAGAGACUGGAUACAGAGUUCUGAAAACCGUUAAAGGACCACAUUUACCAACAGUGUUUCCCUUCAAUCGCCCAGAUAUAAUUCCCCCAGAUUUUUACGAUUACAACGACAAAGACGUCUUCGAUACUGCUGCUAGUGGUCACGUAAAACCUGGUAGACCUGGCGGUAGGCCUGGUGGUCGUCCUCCUAUUUCAAAAGAUUCUGGACAAGCAGAGCAAGAUGAUGGAGUCAAAGACGGAGAUAGUGAUUUUGGAAAAUUACCAGGUUUUGACGAUUCUGGUAGUGACUUUGAAUUUGGACGAAAAAAACCUUCAGGUAGUAAACCUUCUACUGCAGGAGCUGGAAAACCGUCGAAGUCUCCUUAUGACGAGGAUGGCUCAGAUGGUUAUGAUACAGACUUUGGUGAUCUUUUUGGUGAUGGCGGAGGAAAAAACGAGGGAGCAGGAAAAGGAGGUUCUAGUAAAUUAAAACCUACUACUACAACAAAUAAACCUUUUAUACCUUCUGAUGGAUCUUUUGGUAAUGGGAUAUCAAAAGAAGAUAGUAGUGGUUCAAAGGAAGAUGGAGCUUCAAAACCUAGUAAUGAAUACAUUCCUCCUGAGGAUGGUAAAUCUGGUGAAGGUUCUGAAGAAGAUUAUGGCUCCAAAGGAGAUAGGUUUGGAAAACCAAGUACAAGACCUUCCUCUACAAGACCCGCAGGUUCAUAUAGACCAUCGGGUAGACCUCAAAGCUCAUUUUCAACAGAAGACGAUGAUUUUGGCUUAUUCGGUAGUGAAACCAAUCGACCAAAACCACCCUAUCAUGGCAAUACCGGAUCCACAGGUCCAGUAAUAACCAUAGGAGCUCCAAACAAAAAUUGCCCCAGAUGUCAAGGUGCUGUCUUGACCAAUGUUGGGGACACAUACCUUUCAGUACCUCCAGGGGUAUCGGUACGAGCUCAUGUACAAGCAAUAGAUUUACUUCCCUACAGUUCCAGAUUUCCCGGCCCAAGUGAACAAUAUAAGUCUGAGUUACCGCUUAACACUGAACAACUCAAUUCAGAAAAUGACGAAAUUGUCGGCGAAGUAGAUAUAACCACCGAAAAUGACGGUGAAGAAUUCAGCACGGAAGAAACUACAACAGAUGUCGAUAUUACAACAACUAUGCCUAAUACAAAUGCACCUACUACUUAA